AACUUUUUUAAAGCAAAGGGAGAGCGGUAGUUUUAAUGGAGGAGACACAAAUGCCACAUAUAAACAGUUGUUGAGAAUGUGGGGUUGCCGAUGGUGGGUCAUUUGGGGUUAUCACCACAAGGAAAUCCACAGCCUCUCCGCUUUCCCGCUUCUUCUUCAAUCUCUAGUAGAGUGAGAGAGAAUUUCACUCCUCACACUCUCUACUUUCUAUCUUUGCACAGAAUGCCCAUUCAGAUAAAAUCUUAACUCAGCACUCCUAUGGUUGCUCUCUGUGUGAAGAAUUAGCUAGCUAUGCGAUGCUGCUUCUUCUUCACUGGCCAUGGACACCCCUGAGAAAACCCAGAUCACCACUUCCCUUUCUAAAUUCGAGGAUUCCCCUAUCUUCAACUAUAUCAAUAGUCUUUCUCCUAUCAAGCCACUAAAGUCCAUACACAUUACUCAGACAUUCCAAUCACUUAGUUUCGCGUCUGUCCAAUCAAUUUUCACUUCUCCGCAUGUUAGCUCUCACAAGGAAUCUAGGUUCCUAAGAAGGCAUAACUACUCAGAUCCCUUAAAGUCUGAGUUCUCAUCUGAAAAUGGGAAUAAAGUCAGCAGUGAUGAAGGGGCUGCUUUGGAUGUGGUUCAGCUGUAUGAUAACUCAUCUGAGCUACAGGAAAAUUUUGAUCCAGGGGUGUCUAUUGGAGAAGUUUCUGUGGGACCUCGUAGUGAACAUUUGAAAUUUGCACUGGAGCUGCCACAGAGGAUAAAAUAUGAUUGUGGUAGCCCAGAAUGUGAUGCAACACCUCGUUGUGGUCCUCAAAUUGAUUGUACAUCAGAAUUGGCUGGUGUCUCACAAAAAUGUUCACCUGAAUGUAAAGUACAUCCACAGGGGAUAUACCAGACUGAGCAGAAAGAAGAAGCUUCAGAUUGUGAUUGGGAGAAUUUAAUGUCAGAUGCUACUGGCCUAUUAAUUUUUAAUUCUCCAAUUGACACCAAGGCUUUUAAGGGGCUAAGGCAGAAAUCAGUGGAUCUUGGUGCAAGUUUUUCUGCUUCUGUUGACGAUGUGCAUAAAGGGGGAAUAGAUCCUGUUGAUUCUGGUGAACAACACGAGAUGGAAUAUCCUUCAACUCAACCUGGAGAAACUAUUGUACCAAAGGAAAUAAACCAGUUCCGGGACAACCUUGCUGCAAAUAACAAUUCAAAUAAGUGCAUGACUAGCAAUCUAAGUGAGGAAAUGGAAAAUGAGGUGGGAAUAUCCACUGGAGUUGUUUCUAAGGCUGUUUCUAUUUUGCAUUGCGGCAUGCGAAGGCGUUGUUUAGAUUUUGAGACGGUAGGAGCCCAUAGGAAGAAAUUAAGUAAUGGUUCAAAUUCAAGUACUUCUGUAGGAGGGCAAUCUGAUGAGAAGAUUGCCUCUAAAGAUAAGCAAUUAGUUCCUUUUAAGCCUGGCAGUGAUUCUUCAAGGCGUGUUUUACCUGGAAUUGGCUUGCACUUAAAUGCUCUGGCAAUAACUUCCAAGGAUACCAAAAAUGCGAAUCAUGAAACUUUGUCUUCUGUAAUAAGUUUACCCAGCACUGUUGCUUCCUUUCACUCCCCAAGUACGGGCCAAGAACUUAAUGAAUCACUGUCUUUAGCCGCUGCUGACGUAGACAUGGAUCCAACUGAAAGUGAUGUUCCACUUGUGGAAGAUGUUCCUCAGACAUCUGCUUGUUUAGUUACUGAAGAGUUCAAACAUAGUAGCCCCAAAAAGAAGAGGCAUAAGUUGGAAGGAGAAAGUGAAGCAUGCAAGCGUUGUAACUGUAAGAAGUCAAAGUGUUUGAAACUUUACUGUGAAUGUUUUGCUGCUGGUGUCUACUGCAUAGAACCAUGUUCAUGUCAAGAUUGCUUCAACAAGCCUAUUCAUGAAGAUACUGUUCUUGCAACUCGCAAACAGAUUGAAUCUCGCAACCCACUUGCAUUUGCUCCAAAAGUCAUUAGGAGCUCUGAAACUGCAAUCGAAAUUGGGGAUGAAUCCAGCAAAACUCCUGCUUCAGCAAGACAUAAAAGAGGAUGCAACUGCAAGAAAUCUAGUUGCCUCAAGAAAUACUGUGAAUGCUAUCAGGGUGGUGUUGGAUGCUCCGUUAAUUGCAGAUGUGAAGGAUGUAAGAAUGCCUUUGGUAUAAAGGAUGGAUCUGCUCCUACAGAAAAAGAAGCUGAACCAGAAGAUGAAACAGGAGGUGAAAAUAGUAUAAUUUUGCAGAAAACUGAAAUGCAGAAUAAUGAAGAGCAAAAUCCAAAUUCUGCUCUUCCCAUGACACCAUUAGCGCUUUGCAGACAAUUGCUUCAACUGCCAUUUUCAUCAAAGACCAAACCACCGAGAUCUUUUCUCAGUGUUGGAUCAUCUUCUGGAUUCUAUCCUGGCCCAAAAUAUGGUAAACCGAAUAUUCUGAGGCCUCGGCCAAAGCUUGAGACGCAAGUACAAGCCCCUCAUGAUGAUGAUAUGCCUGAGAUCCUCAGAGGCAACUUCUCUCCAAGCACUGGCAUCAAGACUUCUCCCAACAGCAAGAGGGUUUCUCCGCCUCACAGUAUUUUAGGAUCAUCACCUGGUAGGAGGAGUGGCCGGAAGUUGAUAUUGCAAUCCAUACCUUCCUUUCCUUCUCUUACUCCCCAGCAUUGAAAUGAAAUCUUUCCCAUUAAGAUCAGAAAAUUCUUUAAACCUUUGUUGUGUUGAGAUGUAGUUGAGUGUUAGUUCAGCUCUCCUUGUACAAUAAUAUGCUAUCUCACUCUCAUAAUGUCCAAGCACUUUAAAUCAUUGUAUAAUAUGGUAAUUUUGUUUUCUUUUCUAA